UGGGUGGGGCUGUUUCUGCAUUCUCCGAUAAGAAGGGUUUGUAGUAGCAGUUAAGCAGUCAACCAUGGAUGAAGCUGAAUUUCAACGCCUUCUCGAACUCUUCCCGGUUAUUCGUUCUCGCGAUUACUGUGCAGAACCAGCAUCAUCCAGACAAUUGGCAUCUGGGUCUGCAAGCGAUGAGCUAAAGGAAUGGCAAGAUGCAUGGGAUGAAAGGGAUAAGGACUUGGAGAAUCAAGGAAUUAACCAACAUGAUUCAUUUUGGAGUAAGCUAAAGUCAGAGGUCGCUAGGAAGGUUGGCACAGAAGAAGCGGAGAGAUUUUCCAAGGCAUUCCAACAAAUUCAUAAGAAACUGGUUUAUGAAGAGUUGAAUUUAGAUGCUGCUCGAAGCUUCAUAAACUCAUCCUAGAGUUCGAAAGAAUUACAUGCAAGCAUCCGAUAUUUCCUUGUGAUUCAACAAUCAGCAAUUGUAAUUCUUUUAUAAUGUAUCAAAUUAUUUGUCAAAUUAAUUAUCUGUUAAACUGUGACAUUUUGAGUAGUAAUUAUUUACUAUAUUGUAUUGUGAACAACUAGUGUUCUUCCACCCUCUUCUCCUCUCUUUUUUUUUUUGGUAAUUA